AAUAGAAUUGCCGAAUUGGUACAGAAGUGAAAAGAGUGAGAAUCAUGUGAUCCACCCCUCUCUCUUUCUGUUAAUCCAGCUCAAAAGAUCAUAAAUCUAUCCGCCCAUAAAAACCGUACGACUCCCCCUAUUUGCUUUCUUGUUUUGUGUUUCAAUGGCUUCAAGUGCUUCCAGGUUUAUGAAAUGUGUAACAGUUGGAGAUGGAGCUGUUGGCAAGACUUGCAUGCUUAUUUGCUAUACAAGUAACAAGUUCCCCACUGAUUACAUACCGACCGUUUUCGACAACUUCAGUGCCAACGUUGUAGUUGAAGGCACAACUGUGAACUUAGGUCUUUGGGACACGGCUGGACAAGAGGAUUACAAUAGAUUAAGACCAUUGAGCUAUAGAGGUGCAGAUGUGUUUGUCUUAGCUUUCUCGUUAGUUAGUCGAGCGAGUUAUGAGAAUGUACUGAAAAAGUGGAUCCCUGAACUUCGACAUUAUGCCCUGGGUGUCCCUGUGGUUCUGAUUGGCACAAAAUUGGAUCUUCGUGAGGACAAACAUUAUCUGGCUGAUCAUCCUGGUUUGCUUCCUGUUAGCACUGCACAGGGUGAGGAGCUCCGCAAACAGAUUGGUGCUGCUUAUUACAUUGAGUGCAGCUCAAAAACACAGCAGAAUGUGAAAGCAGUUUUUGAUGCUGCAAUCAAGGUUGUCAUCAAGCCACCGCAGAAACAGAAGGAGAAGAAGAAAAAGCCAAAUCGAGGAUGUCUGAUGAAUAUCUUCUGCGGAAGGAACUUUGUGCCUCCCAAGUGAAACAGUUUGCUUUCCUUCAAACCAGAAGCUUAAGCUCCUCCUGGUACUGACCGCUAUUCCAGUGUCUUCGCCUAGAGAUUCUUUUUAGCAAACAGGAUCAAGUGAGUUUGCUUCUACUGGAUUACUCAGCAUUACUUCUCCCUCAAAAUCGCACUGUGGUUGUUUACAUUUCUAAUCUUACGGUCUAGUUAUAGUAAAAGAAUAUAUAUUUGGCUGCUAAUUUACUAUAUUGAUCUCUUUGUAUAGAGUUAAAACUUAAAUCGAUUUAUGGUUUCUUGUACUGU